AUGGAGGCCAAGGUCCGCCAGAGCCGGCGCUCGCGCGCGCAGCGGGACCGUGGCCGGCGCCGGGAGGCGGCCCGCGACGCCCGCGACCAGAGCGCGUCGUCGGGGGAUGAGCCUGAGCCCGGGCCCGGCAAGGAGAACACAGGCCUGCCCCGCGCGCCCCCGCCCCGCGCCGCCGCCGCGCGCCCCCCGCGCCGCCGCCGCCGCGAGUCCAGCUCGCAGGAGGAAGAGGUCAUCGACGGCUUCGCCAUCGCCAGCUUCAGCACGCUGGAGGCCUUGGAGAAGGACAUGGCCCUGAAGCCACACGAGCGGAAGGAGAAGUGGGAACGUCGCCUUGUCAAGAAGCCCCGGGAGGCAGAGAACUGCCCGUCUGCAGAGCCAAGUGAGAACGGGCGGCCCCUGGAGGCAGGCAGCUCUGAGCAGGACCUGGAGACCCCCUGUGACCGAGGGAAGAAGAAGGUCCCUCUGCAGCCCACCAAGCAGAUGAAGGUUGCAGUGUCCAGAGGGGGUGACCACAACAGUGACGGCGACAGCUUCCGAGAAGCCACCAGCUCCCGGAGGAGCAGUUCUCGGGACCAACUCAGUGAUAGCUCGGCGCAGGCAGUCUCAGGCAGAGGUUACUCCUGCGACAGCGAGAGCGACGGGGAUGACAAGGCAUCUGUGGGCUCCGAGAAACUCUUUGCCCCAGCAGCCGAUAAAGGCCCCACGCUGGGCGAGAAGUCCGAGGCCAAGACCGGGGCAGCGCCCAAGGUCUCGGGUCUGGAGCGCAGCCGCGAGCUGAGCACCGAGCCGCCCUUCCUGGCCCCUGUGCGCAGCCCUGCGCCAGUCCUGCCUUCCGUCAGCACCGCGGCCAGCCCGCUGGUCAAGAAGGAAGCCCCGGCGCUGCCUCGCCUCGCCCCGCAGUUGCCACCUGCACCCUCGCAGCCCCGGGCCCCGCUCCUGACGCACGUGCCUCUCCCUCCGGGCGCCUUCCCAGGCCCCGGCCCGGCCGCGCACAACGGCCUGCACAGCCUCAGCAGGAGCAGCAGUGCCAGCAGCGGUGCCAGCCUGGGGCUCGCCAAGCACGCGUCCCUGUCGCCUCACGGGCCGGGCCCCCACCUCUCUACCUCACACUUGGCGCUCCGCUCGCAGGCCCAGCACCAGCACCACGCGGCGGCCAUGUUCGCCGCGCCCCCGACACUGCCCCCGCCCCCGGCGCUGCCGGCCAACAGCCUGGUCAUCCCAGGACACCCCGCCGAUCACGAGCUGCUCAGGCAAGAGCUGAACGCGCGUUUUCUGGUCCAGAGCGCCCCCCUGGGCCCGGGAGCUCUGCUGCGGGCGGAGUUCCACCAGCACCAACACACACACCAGCACACACACCAGCACCAACACACAUUCGCCCCCUUCCCUGCCGGGCCGCCCCCGACGCCGCUCCUGCCACCCGCCGCACCCCCGCCGGUGCGUAGGCUGCGUGCCGGCAGGCGGGAUGGGUUUGACAAGUACACGCCCAAGCUGGACAGCCCCUACUUCCGACAUUCCAACUUUUUCCCGCCCUUCCCUCCGGCCGUCCCAGGACUGCCCGCCCUGCUCCCACACCCAGGCCCCUUUGGAUCCCUGCAGGGUGCUUUUCAGCCCAAGACUUCAAACCCACUCGAGUUAACAGGCCGGGCCAGUGCGGUUCACACCCUCCUGCAGAAAGCCCCCGGGGUGUCCGACCCGUACCGGACAGCAAUCAGGAAGCCGGGGAAGUGGUGCGCUGUGCACGUGCAGAUCGCCUGGCAGAUCUACCACCAUCAGCAGAAGAUAAAGAUGCAGCUGGAGCCCCACAAGCUGGACGUGGGCACCAAGCUGGACUUGUUCAGCAGACCCCCCGCCCCGGGCGUGUUCGCCGGACUCCACUGCCCGCAGGACCUGACCCGGCCCCUCUUCUCCAGCUCGGGUGCCACCCAUCCCGCCUCCAACCCGUUCGGACCCUCAGCGCAUCCUGGCAGCUUCCUGCCCACUGGUCACUUGACAGACCCUUUCAGCAGAUCAAGCACCUUUGGGGGCCUGGGGAGCCUGGGCAGCAACGCCUUCGGAGGCCUCGGCAGCCACGCGCUGACUCCCGGCGGCGGUGGCAUCUUUGCCCCCAAGGAGGGCCCCACGCUACAUGGCCUGCCCAGCCCCCACGAGGCCUGGAACCGGCUGCACCGAGCACCACCCUCCUUCCCCACGCCACCCCCAUGGCCCAAGCCUGUAGACGCCGAGCGGGUCUCAGCCCUGACCAACCACGACCGAGAGCUGGACAAGGGCAAGGAGGAGCGGGACCGGGACCUCCUGGAAAAGACACGCCUGCUGAGCCGGGCCUCUCCGGCGGCGCCCGUGGGCCACCCAGGCAGUGGCCUCCUGCUCCGGGGCCAGGGCGAUCCGGGCCGGCCCGGGAUCCCCACCGAACGCGAGGCUGAGCUCCGCAUCAAGGAGAGCCGCUCCCCGGCCAGGGAGGACGGCCCCAAGCCCAGCAAGAUGGCCCUGGGGGAAGGCCUGCGCCUGGCUGGUCUCCUGGGCCGUGAGCCCGGGAAGCCGCACGAGGCGCCAGCCGAGCGGUCCCAGAGCGACGUGAAGGUCAAGGAGGAGCGCGGGGAGGACGGCGAUGCGCCCCCACAGCCCGGCCCGGGCCCCGCGGGCCGCGAGCGCCCAGCCUUCGUGUGGGAGCCGCCGCGCGACGCCUACCGCGGCCCGGAGCUGCCCCGCCGCGCCCCGCCAGGCCCGGGCCCUGCCGCCCUCCUCGAGCCGCCCGAGCGCCCCUACCGGGACCGCGAACCACACGACUACAGCCCGGAGCGCCUGCGGGAGGCGCGCCGCGACGAGCUGGAGCGCGCCCGGGCCGCGCACCUGGACGGCGCGGCGCUGCUGCCGGCGCUGGGCGCCCUGCACUACCCGCGCCUCGCGCCCGCCGCCGCCGCGCUGCACAACAGUAUCCUGGCGCGGACCCCGCCCGCCGCCUCCGCUGCCGCGCUCGGCGCUCCGCCUCCGCUGGUGGCCGCAGGCGGGGCCCCCACGCCCCCCGGGCAGCCGCGGAGCAGGACUACGCCGCUGGGGGCCCGCGCGCCGGGCGAGGCCCGCGACUACUCCCCUUCCCGCAACCCCCAGGAGGUGGAGGCGCGGUAG